UUUAAAACCAGAGGAAUACAGCAGCACUGUCGUUUGUCUCUGUAACUGCUGAUAUUUGCAUAGCAAAGACAUGGCAGCGACAGCUCAGCCUGCUCAAGCACCUCGGCACCCUGCCCCUGGGCCGUAUGGAGGACCUCAUCCUGAGGAUCCACACCAGCGCACGCGGCCUUUUUUCUAUGUGCAGCCGGCACAGCCUUAUAUGCCUUACCAAUGGCCAAUACCCUACAACCCCUACUGUGGGUUUCCUGGGAUGGGUUAUCCCCCCAUGGGGUUCCCCCCUUUUCCUCCUUCUCCAUAUGUUGACGCCCCAGGCUACAUCAUGCCUCACUCCCAGUUACACCUGGUGGACUACAGACGUAUGAUGAACCCUCAUAUGGCACCAACAGUGGCCUACCAGGCCCGCCGCUUCCGCUAUCAACACACCACCAACCCACGGGUGAUGAUUAGCUCAGAAGUCCAAACAGACCCAACUCAUGGCCAGAGCCCGAUCCGAAGCACCUCUAAUGGUGGCCCUAAUGGCCCAACUAAUUGUGAGUCCGGUAGGGACACGUGCUACACUGGCUCCACCUCGACCUCGACCUCGACCUCAACUUCCUCUGCUUCAUCUACUGAGGAGAGGACCCCUGAGCGCACGGAGCCUGUGGUCAUGGCCAUGUCACAGCCACCAACCAGCAGCACCUUUGUUGGCUCUGCAACUCCAAGAACCACGGUUAUCCAAGACCAUGUUCUGUUCCAGGCUGAGGAGGUCCAGAUCAAGUGCAAUGGGACUGUAGCAGACUUUAAGAUCGCCCACUGUGAAGAGACCACAAAACUGGUGUCUGACCUGAAUGGUGGGUUGCUACACCGUAAUACUGGGGCACCAUACUUAUCAGAGGGUGGAACAACCAAAAAUCCUGAAGAGCUCAAGAAAGGCGUUGAGAUGAGGGGCCCUGCUUCAUGUGAGGCAGCUUCCUCUGAGGAGCCCUGUCUACCACCCUGCCCAGACAUUCUCCUGACUGGAGUCUCGCCAUCUACUGAGUCAUUGCCUCCAGCGGAAGGGUCUGCAGAAAAGCCAAAUGUUCCAAAUACAGAUGCUGUGAACACUGCCUUGACUGAUCAAACUAAAACACUCGCUGCUGAUACGGGCUCCUCUGUGGUGUCCUGUGGAGACUUCAAAAUGGUGUCAAAAGAUGAGCUCAACAAUGGCGAGCUCAACAAGGAUGACUAUGACCUCUUCCCCAGCAGCAAGAACUCCCAGUUCAAGAUUCUGCACCUGCCAUUUGAUCUGCAGUUUGGGGAAUUGCAGCACCUGGAGACAUCUGUGUGGUCUGUUGAAUCCUUGAUGCCUUAUGUGCCCAACAGCGAGUGGCUGAUCCAGAACGGCCUGAUGACUCCUCAGAAGGAGCCCCUGAGCCCUCUGAUGGAAGACCCCAUGAGUCCGACCCUAGCAGCUGUCGAUUCCCUGCAAGAGAGGCAGCAGACCAUGGCUGAAGCUGAACCUGAUCCACAUGACUCCAUGACUUCCUUGGAGUCCCUACCACCCUAUCUCCCAUCUGCUAGUUGGCUGGCAGACUUCGGGAAUGUGUACCUCUACCACAAGAUGCAACCCAAUGAUCGGCAGCAGCUCGGCCUUCAUGGGAAUGUCUCCCCAGACGAGCCUAGUCAGGACCUCAAAGUUGGGCAGCACGUAUCCCAGAGCUCCUCAGGUCCUCCCUCCAGACGCCGAGAGGACUGCAGCAGGCACAAAAGGAAGACUGGAGCGGCCAGUGACGCGUCUGACCACGAGUGCCAAGCCAUGUCGUCCCAUGGAGAUUGCUUGCUAUCUCCCCCUCACCAGGGUCAGUGUGUCUGUAACCGAUCUUUCACCAAACGUGGAGCAGCCACCCCAAGUCCCACGCCCAGUAUGAAGCGCCAGAAGCAUCCUCACCCCCAGCGAGACACUGUCAAAUCCCCAGGCUUUGCAACUUGCAAGUGUUUGCCUGGUAGGUCAAAGUUCUCAACCAAAGGAUCUGGCUCCGAUGUCUCUGGACGCCUUAAUGAGGAAGAUGACACGACUGAGGGAGAGGCCUCUGAGAAUAGUCUGCGUCCUCUCGCAGGGUCCAAGAGGUCCUCCGAGGCUAGGAAGGGCCAGCACAUCAGCCGCCACUCUGAGACGUGCCCUGUGGCUCAGCGACCCAAACUCCGGGAACAGAACUGCUCAUGUGACAUGCCCAAAUGCACCCACCUUUUCUCUGGAUCGAGGGAAGGCAGUGGACCUAAUCAACAAAAAGAAUCUGCGUGGCGGCGAGGCGUGGUGGACCCUGUGAUGUCUAGUGCAGAGCGACACAGGGUUGCAAAGCAGAGAGGAGUAAUGCAGAAAUGUCAGCCUGAGAUAACAUGGAGAAGACCUUUGGCCUUUGACUCGGAAUCAUCCUCCAAGGGUUUUAACAAUCAGAAAAAAACACCUUCACAGUCACAAGGUGGUCACAGAAAAUUCACACGAUGUUGAUCAACACUAUACCACAUGAAAUAGAGUGAAGGCACAUUUUAAUCACAAGUGUUCAUAUUUAAUUUAAUCUCUUUGAAAAGAAUCUUACUCACGACAAUUUCACUCACAUUUUACAAUGAAUAAAUCAAGCACUUUUAUA